AUGAUUACAAAACGAACUCCAGUUCUGCUUCAAAGCAGCAAAACACUACUGACUUGUGUGGAGAAAAGAGCUCUUCGGCCUGGGCCGUCCCAAGAAGGUCUAGUCCGUGAAGCAGGCGAACAAGUUCAGAUAGCUGUAGACAGUACUGUGGAAAAAGUAGGCGAGAUUGGAGAAGCUUUGAAGGAAACGAUCAAAGCAACUUUUGAAAAGGUGACAGAUGUCGGCACCACUGCUGGACAAGCUUUCAGGGAAACCGCUGAAGUGACAGAUGUCGGCAACACUGCUGGACAAGCUUUCAAGGAGACCGCUGAAGUCUGCUUUAAUGACGCGAGACAAAGCAGAAAUGUGACCGAGGGCUUCAAAGGAUUCUUCCCAUCCAACGUAAGUGCAUUAGAGCCAAAGAAGUUUACGCAAACCACAAAACCGUCUAAGCAGAUUGUGUUUCAGUUAGGCCAAACUGAAGAGAACAUAACUCAAGCUGAGGGAAUUAUUGCUGAAGAGGCUGAUGCAUCCGAGCUCUUGGCCAUGUCGUAA